GCAAACUAUGUGCUUGUUCACUUGUUCUUCUUUGGAUCUUACUUACAUCAUGGUCCUAUUUCAAAUUUCUGCAAAUUCCGUUUCCAUGCGUUUGUAAAGUGUAAAGCGGGAUUGACUAUUGUUGGAAUAAUCAAUAUGCUGUUCCAAUUCAUGGGGCAAUCCAUUCAGUUUAGAUUGGUGGAAGUAAGCGAAAAAGAAAAAUCUGAAUUAAGCCAACUUAUAAAAGCCAACGGAGGAGUCGUAUCGGAAAACACUUUGAUAAAAUUUACUAGCAGAAAUGCUCACAUAGAAGACGGAGAUCUAUAUCUUGUGGAUUUCAUAUACGAUUGCGUAAAGCAGAACAAGAUCUUAGACAUAACAAAAUAUAAGUAUGGAACUAAGGGGAUUGGAUGUCCGAUGAGCCAGUUCUUGACAGGAAGCGCAUCCUGCAUGGCGUUCACCAACAUGGAUGCUACUUUUUGUCCUUUACAUCAAUCCACAUUAUUGGAUAACAGCGUCAGAAUACUAAGACUUGUUGACGAUCAAGUCAGAAUACAAAAUGAGCAUGAUUAUGGUGAUAAUAUUAUGAGAGAGAUACGUCCCUCUUACAUCCAAUAUGAAGAAAUAGUGCUGCCGACGACAGAUACCGAAGGCUCCAUACCAGACUCAAUGUAUUAUCCUGACGAAUCUCAUUCACAAAACAGUUGUCUGCGGGCAGAUAGUAAUGUUGAAAAUCAAGAAACGUUAGGGGGCGAACUGGUUACUGAUGUUCCAUCACCGGCGAGAUUCGAAGAGAAAAGUUACGACGACGCUUCAAAUGAGGUGAAUCCUGAAAAUGGAAGAGAUAUCGAAAAUAUUCAUUCCCAGGAUGAUUCCGACCCGAUCAGGAUACUUGGCCGAACAAAAAUAGAAGAUAUUCUCAGAAGGGAUAAUUUUCGAUUGACUUCUUCCGACAGUGACGAAACAAUUGAGAAUGCCUCAUCAUGGAUUGAAUGCAGGCGAAAAAAAUCGUACAAGCCGAGUAGUAAUGAUGAUACGGCAUGGUCAUCGUCACAAGACGAAAAAGCAACUAAUGUCAAAAGUCGGAAAAAAGAUAUCAGACAACAGCCAAGCUGCUCCAACUGGAUAGGAACUAAAAAAUUUGCAUCCAAGAAUAAACCUUCAAUACAAGAAAGACUGACAAGAAAAAGUGAGAAUGAAAUAAUUAUCGCAACUGACAGUGAUUCUGAUGUGUCAGAGGUGGGUCCCAAUCGUCUUCCAAAUCCUACCAAUAAAGUCCGUCAAAGUAAUAGAAUAUUACAAUCGACAGCAAGACGACGUCGUCCUAUACACAGAAAUUUUGAUAACUGGGAACAGCAAGAGAUGGUAAAUUACUUAAUCAAAAACAGCUGUAUCAGUGAAGCACGUGGAAAUAGAGUAUGGAAGCAGAUGAUCGAUGAAGGGCUGCUGAAGCACAGAACUGUUCACUCCCUCAACAAUCACUUUCGGAGAUACAUCCUGCCAAAUAUUCAUCUAUAUAGAAUGAGUAAAGAUAGUCGAGAAGAGUUCGACCUUCUUAAACAAUAGGUUUCAUCGUAUCAAAUAAAAAGAGCUAUUAUUUUUCUAUGUUUGAAAUAUAUUUCUGCGAAUAUUUGUUCAUCCUUUCUAAGAAAUUCCUCAAUAACAGAGGCUGCGUUCCUCUUGUCUGCAUUUGAAUCGCCAUCUCAGGCAAGGCACAAUUUAAAUUUUCACCAUAGAUUUCUUACGUUUUGAUUUGAUUCUGGAGCCAAACAUGAAUUAUUAUGGCGCUAGAUUACACCUGCCAUAUAUUUCAUUGUGAAAAUUGCAUUUCAUUUAGUUAGUUGCAUAAAAAAUAUUUAUUCAGUGAAUGUCAUUGAUUGACAAUUUGCAAACUUAAUUUUUUGCAAUUUUGCUCGGUUUCGGCUGGUUCCAGUCGACCAUCAUCGGGCCGUUUAUUUACAAAACCAAGAAAAUUGACUAUCCUAAUCGUUUUGGAUGUGAAUUACAUCGCGAUCCAGGAGGUAGUGUGCAAUAAUUCGAAAAACAAAAAAUUCGAAAUUUUUAUUUUCAACUAUUUUAUACAGACAUACUGUAACGAAGGUGUGUUGUUUACACCCCAUUAUACAUCCUGGCACGAUAAUGUUCAGUUACUCGGCCCAUUAAUAUUAUUGUAAUAACAGUCAGUCUCCAGACUUAAAUAGAAGUGCUUUGUGCCCAAAUAUAUACGGUUUUCGCAUAUCAUUCUUUUCUGUGAGACUUCUUUGACUCACCGUUCGCUUAAAAGGCACGGAGAAUCCAUUCAUUCUUUUAGACGCAAUUCGUAGAUUGCCCUUUAUGUGUUUAGAAAAAGCAUGAGAUUAUCAGCACGAGAUUAUCAGAACGAGUGGGAAUGGGUGAGAUUUGAUGUGCAGCUACCUUCAUGCGGUGAAACUUGGAUAUUUUCCGACAUCCGCGGAAAUAAACUAAAGGAUGCAUAAGCGCAUACGCAAAGACUUGCGCAAUUUCAGUAUUUUUUAUUCUCAUUUUUAAAAAGAAAAUUUCGUUCUGAUAAACUUAGGAUUUUUUUUAAACACAUGUCUGUAUUAAAUAGUUGAAAAUGAAGUAUCAUUAUUCAUCAAAAAAUAUUGAAGCGACUAAACCGAUUGUGGUAUCAUUCGAUUGGAAUUAUGCGAAAAAUGAGUUUAGAACUUCCAAAACCUCCUAAAAAAAAAAAAAAAAAAAAAAAAAAUAAUACGUACGGUGUUUCUGGUUAUGAGAUAACACAAUUUUGCGCCCUAUUAAAAUUUGAAAUUCGAAAAAAGUUUAUUUCCGAUCCACCGUUCUGUACCUAACUUGGCUUAAUUACGUUUUCAUGGUGAGAAAAAUGUGCCAUUUAGCGGUUAUUCAAGAAUAUUAUUUCACACUUUCUCGUGUUGAUGUUUUUCCGCAAAAUUUUUACGAAUAGCACAUUAUGUAACUUGUGCGUAAAAUGUACACACGUUUUUCAUCAUACGAUAUUUUUUACAAUGUCGUGUGGAAAAUCCAAAUCGCAGGUCAAUAAUGAAAAUAUCAAAUUCAAAACAUUAUACUGUCAGUAUAUGGGUGUAGGUUCGUGGGAGUGGAUUCAGGGGCGAAUUUUACGCGCAGUAUUG